ACUUUUUUCACUGGUGUUCGCAUACACAAUACUUGAAAAACACAGCAGCAGCACACGUUGAAUUACGAGGGACUCUUUUCAUUCUUUCUUUGCUUGCAUUUUGCAUUCUUUUUCACAGAGCAAUUUUUGCUGAAUUCAUGCAGAGCUUUGAUUUGAUUCAAAAUUGGUCGCUUCAUUUUUUUUGCACAGACGACAAGAGAAUAGAGCGCUAUAUAUAACCACCAUUUUGUGACUAGCAGCACAGCGGGAACACUGGAAGCUACCCUGGAAAAAUAGAAGCUCAGUUUUCAAAACACAAAUCAUCGCCAACUGACUAACUCUUCUUGGCUCAAAAGACGCUCAUCGAGUUUCAGUUUGUCUUCAACUUCGAAGAAGUCAGAGUUUCAAUCAACGACUGAACGGUCGAGCAGUAACAACUCUUCAACGCUUGAAAAGACCAACAUGGACUUGGCAGCAGCUGUUGAGUUCCAAAGAUGGUGUGAGGAGGUGGAGUUGAAUGGAGAAACGAGACAACUGCUCAAAUCGGAGGGAUACUCCACCCUGGAUGCUGUCCGCAAAUUGGGCCCCAGUGACCUGGAAGUGCUGAAUCUGGACUGUGCCCAGAUGACGGUGCUCGAAAAUGCACUGGCUGCUCUCAACACAAGGGGUUCGCAGACUAGCCAUCAGCCGACACCAAACCCCACCCUACCACGGCCCACUUCGGGUAACUCAGACAACCGCAAUAACUCUGGAGUCUACCCAGACUUAACUGGAUUCGAUAACGAGUUUAGCGAUCCAGAACCCGAGAAUCUACCACCUCCUAUUGUGGACGACAAAAAUGAGCCUGUACCCGAGGCAGUGGUCCAGAAGAUUCCAGAAACUGAACCGAUUUCCAUUGAAGAAGUGACGAAAAAGAAAAAACCGAAUCUGAUGAACGACUACUUGCCGAGCGGGGGAGUGUCGACUUCCCCGAGUAGUCUCGGUGUUUCUUUUUUCGGCAAGAUGAAAUCGAAAGACGAGAAAAUCAAAAAGGAGUCAAAAGAUGAAGGCAAGGGUGAUAAGAAAGGAAAGAUCAAAUUGAAAGUUCCAUGGAAAAAGGACAAGAAAACACCGGCAGUUCACCAGCCAACGCCUGAAACAGAAAAUAAAACCGAGGAACUUGCAAGUAAGGAACCAGUUGUCGGACCAUUGGAGAAUGUAACAGAGCAUCCAUUGAUGUCGAUGCCCAGUCCAGUUGUGAAGACUUUGAAGGAAAAGUUUCUGGAACACUCGUCUUUGAAGAGUAAUGGAGGCUAUCCCGAAGUGUACAAACUGCCCCAAGUGACAGUCUCCCGGGACGACAAGGCUUUUGUUCGGCACUGUGAGAUUGCGAUUCCGGAUUUUCCAGUAGAAUUGGUCAUUGAGGAGAAGGUAAUCUUGUGCGUCGGUGCCUCGGGAGCCGGUAAAACUACCUUGAUCAACGGUCUGGCCAAUUAUUUGUUGGGUGUACAGUGGGAGGAUGCCUACCGCUUUGAGAUUAUUCCGGACAAAGAUGAUAAAACAGAGAUGGACUCAGCCAGCCAGACUCAAUGGAUUACGGCAUACACGUUCUAUAUUGAGAAAAACAUGAUUCCGUUCAAGGUGACAAUAAUUGACACUCCUGGGUUCGGGGACACCAAAGGCAUUGCUCAAGACGAAGAGCUGGACAAUAAAAUCCGGAAUCUGUUCGAUCAGACUACCUAUGGUUUGGACCAGCUGCACGCCGUGUGCUUCACAACCCAGGCCAGUGCGACUAAGAUGAAUGCGUUCCAGAGGUACAUCUACAAUCGUGUUUUAUCAAUUUUUGGAAAAGACGUCGAAGAAAACAUUUUCAUGAUGGUGACGUUUGCUGAUGCACAAGAACCGAAGGUCGUGAAGGUUCUACAAGAAAACAGCAUUCCGUUCCGAAAAUACUUCAAGUUCAACAACUCGGCCCUUUAUGCGGGCAACAAGGAGAGUUCUAACGAAGAUGAAAUGUUCAAUCACAUGUUCUGGAAAAUGGGAAACUCGAGUUUCCAGUCUUUCCUUGAAUUCUUGGACAGCCAGGUUACUCCGGUGACGCUGAAGUUGACUAAGGAAGUGAUGGCUAAACGUGAGGCACUACAAGUGUAUAUCGUUGGACUUCAAGAGAACGUGAAGAAAGGUCUGGUCGCUCUAGAUCAGAUACGUCAGGAAAUGGAUGUGGUCACGCAACAUGAAGUGGACAUUGCAAGGAAUCGUGACUUCACCUACAAGGUCAAGGAGUAUUUCACGGAGAGGAUUGACAAACCGGAAGGUCGCCACGUGACUAACUGUCAGAACUGCAACCGAACUUGUCACUUGAACUGCAAGUACUCAAAUGACGACGAGAAGCGAAAAUGCAGUGCUAUGGAUUCGGACGGGUAUUGCAAAAUUUGUGCCCCAAGUAAUGGAGGAAAAUGCCACUGGACAACCCAUUACAACAUGGCGUAUUACUUUGUGUUCAAAGAGCGAGUUAUUGAGAAGCGAUCUGAGGAUCUAUUUGUGAAGUAUAAGCAGGCUACCGAUAAGAAAAUUGAUGCCGAGAGCCUUCUGGCAAAAAUUGGUGACCGAUUCUCCAAUAUCCAGGGCGAAGUAAUCUGGCAAACGAACGAGAUACGAAAAUGUCUCUCGCAACUCGGCGAGAUCGCGUUGAAGCCGAACCCUCUCACUACUGUGGAUUAUAUUGACCAGAUGAUAAUUGCUGAAAAAGAUUCCUGCGAGGCAGGGUGGCGUGAGAGAGUUUACCAGCUGGAGAGCGCGAGGCAAUACGCGGAGUAUCUGCAGAAACUACAAGACGAGGGAUACGAUCCGUGGGAAGAGCGUUCGGGUGCGGAUGUGGGCGAGGACACAAAGAAGUCGAGGCUGAACUCCGUCUCGGAGUUUCUGUACAAAUUGAAGUCAGGAGUUUGGGGACUGAUUGGGGACGAUUCGGACGACGAAUAAGAAAAGCGGCCUCUAAGUGAAAACUUAUCACAUAUGGUCACUCUAUGCAAUUUCUGGAAUAAAGAGAACUUUAAAAGUUAAGAAUACAAUAGUAGUAGAAAGUUCUUCAAAUUUCUAAAUCACGAUCCAUGAUCGAAAAGUAUUUUGCUGUUUUUGUGUGUGUAACAUAGUUACGAUUAAAAAGAGCUGUCAUUAGAUGGCUAUAGCUGAUUGUUAUAGCUUAGUUGUAUGUAUUAAAGUAUAGUAUACUGUAAAAUAUUACCUGAUUUAGUUAGCCAUAGUUAGUUAGUGUCCAAAAUUGUGCUAUCAAGGGUUCUUCUCUUCGGGCUUACUCCCACCAUAUGCAUUAAAUAGGUUACUAUCAUCAUUCUAAUUAGAAGUAGCUUAACAUUUAUGUAUAAAUUUAACUUCAUUUGCAAAAACAUGAUAUGAGCUCACGUCAAAAGAUCGUAGAAAUUAUGUAGCAACAAGAAUAUUAUCUAGCAUCUUUUUUUCUGCUCCAGUAGCAGUUUUUGACGUGUCGAAUCAGUAAAGGGCUCAUACCAUGCUACACGAUAAACAUUUUGUUCUGUUUAAUUAGUACUAUCGUCACUCUUGUUCACGUGAUAGAAAUUUUUUGUUUGUAUUGAGAGCUAAAAGCGCAGCGCGGUGUGAUACAAUUUUUCAAUCGCUCUAAAAAAGAAACUCACGAAAACGGUGCUUAAAAAAUUUGAAAUAGUGUUUCUGAUUUGAAAUAGUGUUUCCGAGGCUCCAAACAAUUACGAAAAUUGCAUGCACCCGACAGCAUUUUAGUGGAUUUUUUGGAAGCCAUUUGCUUUAUAAUAGAUUAACUGUUCUAGUUAGACUAACUUUUUGUUGAAAAUAAACCUGAAC